UGGACAACAACGGCUGUUAACAAUGUUCUGAAUACACAUUUGCAUCAACACAACAGCAAUAGCAGCAACAAUAACAAAACGCAACAGCAGCAACAAGAUGUUAACAAUUCUAGAGAUGAAACCGAUUUUUAUAGGCCAAACAGCAAACAUACAACAUCGUCGUCGUCAUCAUCAACGGCAGCAUUAGAACAACAAAGUCAUUUAAGACCAAAGUCUUUGCCAUUGGCCUCAAAUUCAACGCCCGCCAUAGUAUCCGCCAUUGUUAAGAAAAUUCCACCAGUUAUGGUGUCAUCUUCCAGCCAGGCGAAUACCACAAACAACAACAACAACAACAGCCGAAGCAAAUCUAGUCCACGUUAUCAAAUGCAACAACUACAAAGCAAUCAAAAUUUAAACCGACGCCAACAGAAACAAGCACUCGAACGUGGUGAUCCCGAUGGUGGUUGUAAUUUAGAUGAUCUCUCUUCUAACUAUUUGGCCAAAACAGUAGAAUUGCGUGUGAAUCCACCACCACCGACAGCAAAUAUUGCAACACCACCCACCACAACCACUACCACACUACCGGCCGCAAUUGUUGAAUCACUCAAUGCCAAAAAAGGUUGGCUAAUGAAGCAAGAUAAUCGUACUGGUGAUUGGACGAAACAUUGGUUCACUUUAAGUGGUGCUGCUCUGUUCUAUUAUCGUGAUCCUGUUUCGGAAGAACGUGGUGUCUUGGAUGGUGUAUUGGAUGUUAAUAGUCUUACAAAUGUGGCUGAAGUAAAUGCGAAUAGAAAUUAUGCUUUCCAACUAACAACAUGGGAUAAACGGCGCCUAAUACUGGCUAGUCUAUCGCCCAAUUCACGUAAUAGUUGGAUAGCAAUUCUACGAAAUGCUGCAGGUCUGCAACAAAAUCCUGCUGUUGUUAUACAAAGCAGCAGCAGCAGUAACAACAACAAUAGCAAUAACAAUAAUAAUGGUAGCCAAAGCAAUUGCAGCAUAAUGAAGCAUUCUUCUUCUACCUUGGGUACGAAUGAAAUUCAUAAUGGCAGCAAUAAAUCUAUGCCUACAACAGAGCUUAUAAUCAAAGAUAAUACAAGUGAUGAUAUGAAAAGUGAAAUUGAAAAGGAUUUCAUAAAGGCACAAAGGAUCAACAACAAUAACAACAAUAGUAACAAGAGUGUGAAAAAAUUAACAACAACUGAAACUAGUCCCCAGGUGAUAAUCACCAAUGUCAGUAGUUCAUGUUCACCCAAAUCAUCUUUAAUAAGUCCCCAGACUCCCAUAACACCAAAGACUGCCAUGCAUUUCUCUUCGGAUGAAGAGUAUCGUACGGCCUCUGAAGGUGGCCGACGCGAUAGUAUAGGUGAUUGGGGUUCUCCGUUAUCACCCUCUCCACCUGCACCCCUUAAUAUUAUGAGAGCCAAAGAUAGAAUGCGUACACGUACCACUACUCCCUGCCCUAGAAUGCACAAAAGAUCAAGAUCAUCUCCUCCCUCUUCGAGACGUAGCACGGUAGAUAGUGUGGGUUCCGAUGAACUACCUGUUAUUCAUACCGUCCAUGAGGAAAUUAACCUGAAUGUGGAUAAAGAACUGCAGUUCCGUUUGAGUGUAGUGGAAAAGGAACGCGAUAUGUUAAGAGAUGAAGCCAAAGAACGGGAAACCCGCAUGUCUGAACUGCUCAAUACCUUGGAGCGUACUGAGCAAGAGCUUAACAGUCGCAUCCAUGAAAUGGAAGAAGUCAGGGAGAGUCUCAGCACUCAAUUAGAUGAUGCCAAGAGAAAUGCCUCUGAAAUCAUAGAGAGACUAACGGAUGAACUGGAAGAAAGCCAAAGAAAAAUUAAAGGUUUAGAAGAUCGCCUAGCGAGUGGCAUAGAAGAAAAUGAAAAUCUUUACAAGCGUUUAAGAGAAAUGGAAAGCUAUAGUCCAGCUAGUUUCAUUAAUAUGCAAAAAAGUAAAAUGAAACGUAUGGAUUCCUUAAGUGAUCUAACGCAAAUCAAUGACAUAGAUCCCUAUGGUCUCGAACGUGAUUCCUUGGCGGAGGAAUAUAGUGAAUUAAAGGGACGCUUUGAAAAGGCAGUCAAUGAAAUUAGAGCCAUGAAGCGUGAACUAAAAGAAUCACAAAAUCAAUAUGAUUCUUUGGAAAUUUCAUACGCUUCUUUGAGACAAGAUCUGGAACGCAAAGAGAUAGAAGAUCAAUCCCAAUUGCAAAUGAUGGCGGCCCGUAUACAAGAUCUCACCCUUAAAUAUAGCUCAUCAGAGAGGCAGGUUAGAACACUUAAGCAGAAAUUAGCCAAGUCCGAACGUAGAAGAUCUCUAUCACUUAAAGGCAAAGAACAGUUAACGGUAUCCAAAGAAUUGGAAGUGAAAUUGGGAGAAUUGGAAAGUAAAAUAGAUGAGUUGGAAAAAACUCAUCAAUUGGAUAUAAAACAACCAAUUAUGGAAAAUCCUCAAGCUGCUCGAGCCACCAUUAAAAAAUCAUCUAGGAGACGUUCAUUGGAUGCAAGUCUAUCGGCUGUGGGAAGCUCUGACUCUUUACAAUUUUUGGUGAGAGUUAAUGAUUUGGAAAAACGUUGUGAAGGAGUCAAUAGUUCUAGAAGUUCUUCUUGUACACCCACACCCAAUUCGGCUACACCAAAUUUAGAUUCUCCUUCGAGAGCCUCACCAGCCGGUAAUAUAAGGUUAUCGGAACAUUUAAUCGAACGUUUAAGAUGUCUGGAAAGUGUACUGGUAACAAGCAAAGAUCGUCUAGAACAAAGUCUAAGUCAAUUACAAAAUUUAAGAUCUUCCCGCACUAGACGUUCAGUGUCACCAAUAACCGAACGCAAAGAUUCCUACCGUUUUGUAGAGCGUUGUCUCCAUGAGGUAGUCAAGUUAAUAAGGGAAUCAACUGAAACCUGUGUACUGCAAAGUACCCAUCAUGAACUACCACAACCCAGUGUCUAUAUGUUACCCGACUCUAGUCCUGUUAAAAAAGCUUUAACCCAAUUAGAAUCUCAACUGAGAUGUAAAUUGGCAGAAUUGCUAAAGCAAAGACGUAUGCUGAGGGAACGCAAUGAAUUGACUAAACGUAAGGAUUUGGAACUGUUGGCAGAAAGAAUAGCCUUUGAAAGUGUGUGCUUUGGAAAACUUAGAGACUCUGUAGAGAGAGCAGAAAAUCCAGAAAUGUUUUGUGAACGUCAAACUAGGGCUGAAGUAGCUGAAACUUCACAUCUAAUGUCUAUGCUAAAAGCCAAAUUACAAGGAAAAUGCACCGUAAAAACUAGCGGCAGUCUAGAUAUAUUGGCGGGAGUCUUAGCACGGCGUCUUUUAUUAUCCUCUUAUGAGAAGACACAUGGUACACAGGCCCAACAAGAUGUCAAACUAACUAUGGAACCAGUAGAUCAAAAUAUGUUAGAUGAUCUUUUACGCCAACAGAAUGAAAUCAAUGUCAUAGCUAAACGUUAUAAAAAUAACGCCAUGGAAAAUUUGGCCACCAGCUUAGCGGCUGAAACUUUAAGCUAUAUGUCAGCCAAUGAUUUAGUGCAAGGUGCUGUUCAGGAAGCUUGGCGUCAAGCUCAAGAAACUGUCAAUGCGGAAUUGGUGCAAUCUGAAAUUGCCCAUAUAAUGAUGCGUAAUGCCGAAAGACUAGAAUCCUCGAUUGCACCCUCUUUCGGCUACACUCUUACUUCCGAGGAACGUUUAUCUUUUGAGAAAUUCGCUGAUGCUGUGCACGAUGCUCUAAGAAGAGAAAUGGAAUUGGCUGUUACACAACUAACACAGUGCUAUGAGGAAACUAUGCAGCAAAUGAAACGUGGACAAUGGCGCAUGCAUUUACAGCAUGAACAUAAAGCUUCCGAAGGACGGCAAUUACUAUCAGAGUUUGCCGAUAUCAUAGCUCACAAAGCUUUGGUAGAUGCACGUAUUGAUGUUUUAAGAGGUGAUUAUGCCAACCAUUCUACUUCCAAAAUAGAUGAAGAAAAGGAGGUCAAACGAUUGGGUAUAACCGCUUUACAGAAAUAUGAAAAUCUCUUCGAGGAACUAUCAAAUGAUUUACAAAUUAAUAAUCCCGAUGAUAUACUCCUGGAAGCUGAUUUCGAAUUUAUGUAUAAACAACAUGCUGUUGAUUUUCUCAGCGAUCGUCAGGUGUUGUGUGACAUUUCGACCUUCCUCAGUCAACUGGAAGAUUCUCUAAUAGCUUUGCAAUGCGAAGCGACAGCAUCUACCAAUGAGCACAUACCACGUACCGAAAUAUCCAUUGAAAGUCUACAAGAUGUUUGUCACAAAUGCUGUGAAUUACGCAAACGAGCCGAUCAACUUCUACAAGAGGUUCAUCGCAAAUUGAAUGCUUCAUGCCAGCAUUGUUUACAGGUGCGCGAAAAGUUGCACAGUCUCCAGGAACAGCAUGAAAGUGAAAUUUUACGUUUACAACAGUCACAUGCCAAAGAUUUAACAGCUCUAAUGCAACAAGUCGAACACCAACGUACAGCCAUACGUUGCCUGGAGGCUGAAAAGAAUGCCAUUAACCAAGACUUGAAUAAAAGCGAAGAGCUAAUGGAGGAGCGUGAACGUGAACUGCAAGCAGCAACACAGAGGCUCAAUGCAAAGGAGCUAACACUGCAAGCCACCCAAGGUGAACAGCAUGAGUUAUUGAAACGCCUCGAGGCGGAAGAGGAAAAAGUGCGUUCGUAUCAGGAGGAAAGUGAUGCUUUAACAAUGAAAUGUGCACGCCAAGAUGAUGAGUACGUAAUGCUGUUGCAGGAACGUGAUUACAUACAAGCACAGCUAGUCAAAGAACAGGAGAGAAGUAGACGUUUUGAAAAACGUUUAGAGCUGUUGGAAAUGGAGCAUGGCAAACAAAUGGAAUGCCUGCAGCAGGCAUAUCGUGAUCAAAUGUUGUCACAUUGUUCGGAAUUGCCAAAUGUUGUCGAUGAGGAGUCCUUCCGUCAACGUUAUCAAUCGGAAAUAGAACAAUUAAGGACACUUUGUGAAAAGGGUUUGUCAGCCAUGGAAUCGUCACAUAGACGCACUCUAAAUGAUUUAGAGGAAAAACAUAAGCAAGAAAUUGAACGUUUGCUGAUCGAAAAGGAAACAGCCUUGGCUGAAGAAACUCAGGCUACAUUAGCUGCUCUUGAUGCCAUGCGUAAAGCACACCAAAGUGAAGUACAACGUGAAGUUGCACGCUUUAAACAAGAAUUUCUUAAACAAUUUCAACAAAGAGGCGAACGUACUUUAGAUUCAACCAAGGCGAAGGAAGAAGAAUUGGAAGAAUUGCGUCAAGAAAUUCUAUCAUUCUCCGAAAAAUAUUCCAUCAAAUGUGUUGAAAAUGCAGCUUUAGAAGAGAAAUUACGUGUUGCCAAUCAAAAACUGAAGCAUUUUCAGCAAAUGCAACAAUUGGAAUUAAGGAACAAACAGUUCCGCGCUCAUUUGGCAUCCGAAGAUCCCUCUCAAGAUAUACAAUUUGUAACGAGACCCAAAGAUGGCGAAGACGAUAAUGGUGAUGCUGUUUGUCAAGAUAGUGAGAAUGAUAAUGAUGCGAAAAUAUAUAAACAAGAAGAACUAUUAAAACAACAAAGACAUUGUAAUGAUAACGAAGAUCAAACAACAAAACAACAACUACAAGAGCAACAAUAUCAACAAGAGCAGCCUCAAGAUCAAGAAUCAAAACAUAAACAAUUCAAGUUGAUUAAACCUUUAGGUACCACUUCCACUCAAAUAAAAACACGCUCAGUUAAUGAUCUAAAUUCUCACAAUGAUGAUGAUGAUAAUAAUAAUAGUAGUAGUGGUAAAAUUGCAACAGCAACAACAACAGCUUUAAUAGCAAAUUUAACUUCCCCUCCCUCCUUGUUUGAAACAAGUGUUAUUCCAACAGCAAUAACAACAGAAACUACUUUAAGCACUAAUACUAUCACUAGCAAUACUGGCAUUUCUAUUCCGGAUAAUGUUAAUAAUAAGGAGUUAAAUACUAACAGCAACAACAACAACACUUGCAAAACUACCACCAACACUAUUACUGCCAUAGCUAACAACACCAACAGCAAUAAUAGCAACAAAGAUAUUAUCAAUUUCGCCAAGAACAACAGCAGCAGCAAUAUUAUUGUUGUUGCUGCUACUGCUGCCGAUAAUAAUGAUAAUAACACCAAUGUAACUUUACUAAAUAGUACUAGUGAUAGUAGUAAUUGUAAAAAUACUAGUAGUAGUAAUAGCUGUAGCCGUGGUUAUGGUAGUGGCGUUAGUAGUAGUAGUCAUCUUAGUACAAGUAGAAGAUCAGGCGGAGGAGGAGAUGGUCUUGAUGAUAAUGAUUAUUUAACCAAUUGUCGUUAUUCCUAUGAGCCAUGUUAUAAACAAACCAAUUUGUUUAACUAUCAGAAUAGGAUGUUAAACUUUGAAGCCUUACUACUCUGCUCCUUUAUUGUCUUUGUUGCUGCACUCACACACUGUUAUUGUUAUUGAUCACUUUUACUUGCAACUUAUUUUAUGAUCUUUAAAUUUAUGAACUAUGGGUGCUGUAUGUUUGAGAACGUCAACCAGAACUACAUUUGGUAAAAAUUUGAAAACCUUUAAAAAUCAAUAUAAGUUAAACAAUACUAAAAAUAGUUUAAUAACAACCACACCAACAACAAUAAAAAAUGAAACA